GGUCGCUUGGGCCGAGCGGUUUUUGAGCUUUUUCCUUCAGUGCGAGAAUGCAACUUAUAUCCCGGUCAACGACAUAAUAAAUCGGAGAAGAGACCUUACAGCAGGGCUUGUCAAGAACACCUGCCCAGAAUUGCACGCCGGUUGCCAGAACUUGAGAUUGUUGGCCUACUUAGGAAAUCCGCGUGCAGCGAGCGACCACUUUGGAUAUCGGAAGGAAAAUAUCAAAGCUAAAAGAACACCAUUUAAAGCACCAAAAAGUUCAGCGAAUGCUCAAAAGAUGCUACCCACACCGGACACCUCGCAUGUCUCCUUCGACACUAUUUAUGAGCCCGCCGAGGAUUCAUACCUCUUCCUGGACACACUAUCUUCAGCAUCCGAGUCCCAGUGGCUAUCUGAACGCUUCAAAAAGUCCACAAGCCCAUCAUCAGACCCAUCAGUCAACUCAGUACCUCUGGUCGUAGAGGUGGGCACCGGAUCUGGCGUAGUCCUAGCUUUUGCAGCCGCCCAAUCACAACAUAUCUUCGGACGACAAGAUAUCCUCACAUUGGGGGUAGACGUGAACCGGAAUGCUUGCAUUGCAACCCGAGAAACCGUUGCAUCGGCUAUAAAGACUGUGCAAAAUGAUCCAAGUGUGUCUGGUGUAGACUCAAAUCUGCACACAGUCCAUGCCUCUUCUUUAAUCAGUGAUCUCUGCUCGGCACUGCGCCCUGGAAGCGUCGACGUCCUUCUUUUCAAUCCACCUUAUGUUCCAACAGAAGAGCUGCCUCUUCUGCCUACGGAGUCAGAAAAUGAUCCCUCAACUUCCCAAUCUAUGUCGCGCUCUGCCAAGUUCGAGAGCGACUCAUACUUCUUGUCUCUGACGUAUGCGGGUGGCGCAGAUGGCAUGGAGACGACGAACCGGUUACUGGAGGCUGUUCCUGGCGUCUUGUCUGCCCGUGGUGUCGCUUAUGUGCUUCUUUGCAAACAGAAUCGACCCGAUGAGGUCAAGGAACGGAUUCGUGCUUGGGGUGGAUGGAAUGCCGAGACUGUUGGGUCAAGUGGUAUGCAGGCAGGAUGGGAGAAACUGGUCAUCGUUCGGAUUUGGAGACAAGAUGCCUCUUAGAAACUUGGAUUCGUGGAAUAUAGAAAGAUAUAGACAUAAAUGUUGGCGGCAGCUGCCUCCCAAUGGUUCUCCUACACAUGCCCAAUGCAGCUUGAAAGACUACAUACCACGUGAUCAACCUCUUACGAAAGGGUCAUACUUGAACGCGUUGUCCUACAAAGGCAAACGCACUGACAUUUCUCAAAUUAGAAGUAGAACGACGGGGGAAGAGAAAUAGAAUGGAGGUUUGUAUUGAGAGGCGUGGUGCCACCCUCCAUUGUGG